CAUACAUUAUGUGUUAGUUAAUAUAUUUACCUCUUCACAGUCAAAGUUAAGAAAUGGCUAAUACAUCAAACAAUGAGCUAACGAUUAACGUUGUUGGAAUAUCUUUAGAAGACCGCGAUGAAAUUGAGAAAAUAAUCGAAGGACAAGUUAACAUUAUUAACAACAUUAAUGAAGAGGAUUUUAAGGUUCUUAUAGAGGAAAUGAAGUUAAAUUAUCGUACAUGUUGUGAAGGUGUAAGAAUAUCUGACUUAAAUUGGGAAUAUUUCGACGAAAUUUUUCGAGUUAUAAAUAAUAAUCUGACUAACAGUAAAUAUCCAUCGGAACUAAAAUACAUCAAAAUUUUGGAAAUAAACAAAGAAAGACACCAAUAUAAAUAUAAAAUUAAUACUUAUAUUUAUAAUUAUGUAAUUACCCACAAGCUGAUGAAAUAUAUUAAUGAUGAUCAACAAUAUUUUAGAAAACCUCAUGUAUCAGUUUGGAUUAAUAUGAGUAUUUGUUUAAUAGAUUACAUUACGUUUGUAAAAAAUGAACAAAAAGAAAAGUAUGUAAUCAGUUUGAAAAUUAAAAUCAAGGAGCCCGUUGUAUGUGACGCAAAGCUGUUUUUCAAAAAACUUAUCAAUUUUAAUAGAGUUCCAAAAUGUUUGCUUAAAAUAAUAUUUUCAUAUUUCAAUGAUUGGACGUAUAUUACAGAUAUGCGUGAUGAGAGGGUUAAAAAAAUAACUGAAACGCUUAUACCAUACCCAGAGUGUAUAAAAGAUAUGCUUUUUGCUUUAUAUGUUAGUGACAUGAAGACAGUUGCUAAAAAAUUUGCAUACAUUACUGAUACUAUGUUAGUUUACAGUGAUUCGGAUAUAAAAACUCUAGAAAAAAAAGUUAACGAAGAUUUAAAAAACAUUCACAAGUGGAUUGUAGACAAUGAGCUAGGUAACUUAAUUGAAAUGGAAUAUUUACUGCAUAAUUCUUUCAACUGCAAUUCAACGAAUCAAGAUAUACAUCUUGAUUUGAGAAAUGAAAAUAUUGUAAAAAAAGAUUUUACACAGUUCCUUGGAGUGAAAGUUGACGACAAAUUAAAUUUUGAAGAACACUCGAAGAACAUUACUCAUAAAAUUCAAUUCUGGAAGAUUCAAAAAUUCAUUUUUCAAAAUGACAUCACCUCCUACAAAACUAGAAGUCUGUGCUUAUUAAUUCAACAUAUUAAAAAAUAUAAUUUGACAGUAAUGUCAGAUACUUCAAAUAGAAAGGAUCCAAUUUUGAUGGCCCAAUAUUUAUAUGAAAAUGAAAUACCAGAUGAUAAGAAGAAUAAUGAUGAUGAAUUUGAAAAAUUCGUCAAGGACAAUAUUAAAAAACUUACUGAUAGUUUAAAACGUUUCUUUAUUUAGUUUACAUCAAAGUA